CUCCAGCUGCGGUGGGGGUGGCGGGCAGGGGGACAGCAGGUAUAAGAGGCAGAUGUGGCCGGAGGAAGGCAGAUGACAGCAUGGAUUCCAGGCAGGCAGCAGUGCUACUGCUGGUGCUGCUUUUAAUAACAGACUGGGGCCACGCUGAAGGACCAGGGGGCCAGGGUGGAGAUCACAUCUUCGUGGAGGAAGACACCGGACCCCGCACGCCACAGGAUGCCGAGGCCCCUGCGUCACUCUUACUCUCCCUGCUCCAGGCCAUGCAGAGACCCGGCCGGAGCCCCGCCUUCCCGUUUCAGCCCCAAAGGUUUGGCAGAAAUACCCAGGGCUCCGGGAGCAACAACCGGCUGAUUACCCGAGCUGGGGAGGGGCUGAGCACCCCGUUCUGGAGUCUGGCUGCCCCUCAGCGCUUUGGGAAGAAGUGACAUUCAUCUCUUGACCCAUCUGCAUGCAAGGCCCACACCCAAAGUGCCAUGUAUCCCCCCCCCCCUCCCCAAAUAAAGC